AUGGAAUCCAAUGAUAAUGUACUCAAGUCUGCUGUCAGAGUCAACGAGGAGACUGGCAUUACUGAAAAUAAUUGCGAGAUGAUGGACAAGAAACCUGAUCCGAAAAACUUCCAAUUCUUACCAUUUGUGCUAGAAAAUUCUACUCAUAUCCUUUCAAAGUGUGACCUUAAACUUGAAAAUGAAUUUGACAACGAUGUGGAAAUAGUCGUUGAAUGUGAGGACGUGAAACCAAAUGUGGAUUCAUUAAAAGUUCAAAAAGUGUAUAAUUAUUCUCAAAAUUGCUUGAACAAUGUGAUAAAUAGUGAUGGCGAUAAAGUUCAAAAUAUAAUUAAAAUAGAACCCUUGAAGGAAAUAAAACAAGAAAUUUUUGGUGACGUUGCAGCAGGACUGAACUUGAAUUUAGAUAAUGAACCAGUCAAACAAAAUAGAAAAAGAAGAAUUACAGAAAAGUGUAACAGCGAACGCAGACCCAAAAAACUAAUUAUUUCAGAGCAUAAUGAUACAAGCCAAACAUGUAAAAUAUGUAAAAAGAAAUUUUUACAUAAGAACAGUAUAAGUAGGCAUGUCAGAUCAUUUCAUCAGUGUAUUACUUACUCAUGUGAUGUAUGCAGCAAGACAUUUUCACAAAAAAGUAAUCUCAAACAGCACAUCAAUUCAGUGCAUGAUGGUGUCAUCCACUCAUGUGAUAUUUGUGGAAAAUCAUUUUCAUCCAAAAACUAUAUCAAAGACCACAUAAAUGCGGUGCACAAUGGUAUCAAACAUUCAUGUACUAUUUGUGGAAAGACGUAUCAAAGGAAGAAUGAUUUGACAAGGCACGUUCAAUCAGCGCAUAAUGGUGUCAACCACUCAUGUAACAUUUGUGAAAAAUCAUUUUCAUCCAAAAAUUAUGUAAAAGACCACAUAAAUGCGGUGCACAAUGGUGUCAAAAAUUUAUGUGAUAUUUGUGGCAAGACGUUUAUAAGGAAGGGUGAUUUGACAAGGCACGUUAAAUCAGCGCAUAAUGGUGUGACCUACUCAUGUAAUAUAUGCGGAAAGACACUCUCAACCAAAUGGUAUCUCCAAAUCCACAUUGAAUCAAUACACAAUAGUAUCACCUACUCAUGUGAUAAUUGUGGUAAGACGUUUACAACGAAGGGUGAUCUGACGAGGCACGUUAAAUCAGCGCAUAAUGGUGUGACCUACUCAUGUAAUAUAUGCGGAAAGACACUCUCAACUAAAUGGUAUCUCCAAAUCCACAUUGAAUCAAUACACAAUAGUAUCACCUACUCAUGUGAUAAUUGUGGUAAGACGUUUACAAGGAAGGGUAAUCUGACGAAGCACGUUAAAUCAGCGCAUAAUGGUGUCACUUUCUCAUGUGGUAUUUGUGGAAAGAGAUUUGCAACAAGUUCGUAUCUCAAAAUUCACAUGGAUUCGGCAUGA